AUGUCUUCCACGGACAAGAUCAAUACCCAAAGUGAACAAAGAGGCGCGGCUACCGCUAGUGGAUAUGGGACAGAUAAUAAGACAACCUUACCCCCCUUGGGUUCAACAAUGAAGACAGAACAACCAGAACUGUACACCCAAACACAACAGCAACAGCCUUACGAGUACAACGUUCAACCCUCUAUAUAUUCAUCGUAUCAACAAUCGAACUACGACCCGUACCAGAGACAAAGCAGUUUGCAGCCGCAGAAUGCGUAUGCUGGAAUGACCCAGUACACUCAACAAGCCUAUCCUUCUACUAAUGCAUCUGGUGCUGUUCGAUUUCUGUAUUCUGGUAAUAGUGCGUCGGCGGUGCCAGCAUCCACAUCAAAACAAGAUCUUCAUACACAUGUACCGCCAGAGAAGAAAAGCAGACGUUUUAGAAGAAGAUACAAUCAAAUUGUUAGAAAAUACCCGUGCUCGUUUCCUGGUUGUCUGAAAAGCUAUGGAUCGUUGAACCAUUUGAAUACUCAUAUUGUUACAAAGAAACAUGGACCUCGGAAGUCGAAGCUCGAUUUCCAAAAUGGGGGCCAUAAUAAGGAUGACAAACUUGAGCCUAAUUUUGCCCAACAAGACCAUGCAGCACAGCCGCACGUUCAACAGCCAGCACAGUACCUGCUUCCACAACAAUCACAAAUGCCUGUACCUACACAACAAUACGUUACACAACCAAACGAUUACUCUGGGUACUAUUAUGGCUAUUCUGCUCCACCCAACUUACGUCCAAAUGUUUCGAAUGAUUCAUCGCUGGUACCGGUCUCUGGCUCCGGGUUGUAUUACCUGGGUUUACAGCCCACAUCAACUUUAGUCCCACAACAAACUCUGCAAAUACAACCACAGCGCUCAGGGGGAUCCACGUCUACACCACAAUACUACCAGGCUACACCACAACAAACUUUGUAUGCGUCACAGUUUCAACCACAGCAACAACAGCAGCUGGCUCUAGGAUCAGGUAUUUAUGCUAACCAACAAUCCCUGCCUCAACAGCAGCGAACUAACCGUCCUUAG